UUCACACGGAUAAUCUGCAGAUUUGAUCUUGAAUGGCAUCUGAAACGUCAAUCAUACUUGACGGGAAGGUCAUAUGGGGCCUGGAACGUUAUAAUUCGGCAGUUCACAUGGAUGUAGCGGGGCAAGGUACCUCAUUUCUUGACAAACAUUGAAAACUUUGCAAGAAUCUUGUUACAGUUGACGUGAAAGCAAUGGAAAGCGCUCUAGCCAAGAAGACAGAAAGAAGGCAAACGAAACAACUUGUGGAAAAACAGCGAAGAGACAGGAUCAAGAAAAGCUUAGAAGAACUGGCCUCGCUUAUUCCAGAGGCUAGAAAACAGCUACAACUUGGCCACCGAUUAAGGCAAACAAAGAUUCUUCAGCUAGUUGUGGAUUACAUUCGAUCCAGUCAACAAGAACGCGAGAAUUUUAAACUUUAUGAUACCACUUCGUAUCAAACUUGUUGCUUGUGUUCCUUUUGCGAGAAACGGCUCUUUGUUCACGAAACUGAUACAUUUUCAUGCACUGAUGAUCUCAACGUGAAGUUAUCACGAGCGCCCGUAGAAGCAUCGGUCAGGGGAAGGGAAACGUCAUUCCCUCCCAAGACCUGUCCUUUCAAAGUCAAUAACGUUUCUGCCGAAACUGGUUAUGACAAAAGAAAACCUGAGGAACGACUUGAGGAGAAGAAAGACGGUGUUGCCGUGGAAACCACGUGUAAGGGACCCUUAAAUGCCCUCAAAUCUUUGUGUUCUUCAAUUUCUCCACAUUUCCCGCCCCACACCAUCGGAAUAUCAAGUGGCCUUCACUCCAAAAACUCCACCUGGUUUGUUUCGGAUUCCAUGUUACAUCAGCCGACAUCUUUCGGGUUGGUCCCUCAAGUACCUCCACCUACCACUGAUCGACAGACACUUGCUGCUCCAGAGAAUCAAAAUCUAUGGAGACCCUGGAUUUGUGGACAUGACUGCAAGAAUGAUUAGGACUCUAAUCUCUUUCGCAGCCAUCGCCUGGCUACAUCACACAGCGUACUCUCGUCCCAACCUCGUUCCCGGGGUCCUCUCUCGUCCUCUCCCGAUAUUUUUCUUGAAGGAGGAUGAGAGAGGACGUUGGGAACAAGGUUGUUCUUGUCACUCGUUACUUAAUGGGAACAAACAAAAGGUGUUCAGGAGAAUAUUAAGACAUUCAAAUUAGACGCUCAACAUGAAAAAAAAAAACAAUAAAGGUGCCUCUCUCUCGUUUACUUUAUUCAAUCAACCCCCCUUUUAAAAAUGGGGCGAGUGAUUAUCGCUCCUUUAGCAAUGUACUGUUUGCAUUCAACCUAAAGUUUGUGCCAGUAAACGUUGGGUUCGUACCUUGCUGUUUCUUUCGAGAAUACCUUAUCUCAGAAU